UGCAGGCCGAGCUCGGCCGAGGGGACCCGAGAGGGGCCGAGGCCCGCACUAUAGCGGUACCGAGCAAGAGGCUGCCGGACGCGCCCCACCCGGCACCAGGCGGAGCCAGAGAUGCUGGCCAGGGCCGAGCGGCCCCGCCCGGGCCCCCGGCUGCCUCCGGUCUCGCCCUUCCCGCCGCCGCCGCUGCUGCUGCUGCUGGCGAUGCUGAGCGCCCCGGUGUGCGGCCGCGUCCCCCGCUCGGUGCCCAGAACCUCCCUGGCCAUCUCUGAAGCUGGCUCCUAUCUCACCCGGUUUGCCGCCCCUCAUACCUACAAUUACUCUACUCUCCUCGUGGACCCUGCUUCUCACACACUUUAUGUCGGUGCUCGGGACAGCGUCUUUGCGUUAACCCUGCCCUUCUCGGCGGAGAGACCCCGGAGGAUCGACUGGACGGUGCCUGAGACUCACAGACAGAACUGUAGGAAGAAAGGCAAGAAAGAGGACGAAUGUCACAAUUUCAUCCAGAUUCUCGCCAUUGUCAAUGCCUCUCACCUCCUCACUUGUGGCACCUUCGCUUUUGAUCCGAAGUGCGGGGUUAUUGAUGUGUCCAGUUUCCAGCAGGUUGAAAGACUUGAGAGUGGCCGGGGGAAAUGUCCUUUUGAGCCAGCUCAGCGGUCAGCAGCUGUAAUGGCUGGGGGCGUCCUCUACACUGCCACUGUGAAAAACUUCCUGGGGACCGAGCCCAUCAUCUCCCGAGCUGUGGGUCGUGCUGAGGACUGGAUUCGAACAGAGACCUUGUCAUCCUGGCUUAAUGCCCCAGCCUUUGUCGCAGCUAUGGUCCUGAGCCCGGCUGAGUUGGGGGAUGAAGUUGGAGAUGAUGAAAUCUUCUUCUUCUUCACGGAGACCUCCCGGGUGUUGGACUCAUAUGAACGCAUCAAGGUUCCUCGUGUGGCCCGAGUGUGUGCGGGGGACCUUGGGGGCAGGAAGACCCUUCAACAGAGAUGGACAACAUUUCUAAAGGCUGACCUGCUGUGUCCAGGCCCUGAGCAUGGCCGGGCCUCAGGGGUCCUGCAGGAUAUGACAGAGCUUCGGCCUCAGCCUGGGGCGGGGACCCCCAUCUUUUACGGCGUCUUCUCCUCCCAGUGGGAAGGAGCUACCAUCUCUGCUGUGUGUGCCUUCCGACCCCAAGACAUAAGGGCAGUGCUGAAUGGUCCCUUUAGAGAGCUAAAACAUGACUGCAACAGGGGACUGCCUGUCAUGGACAACGAGGUACCCCAGCCCAGACCUGGAGAGUGUAUCUCCAACAACAUGAAGCUCCAGCAGUUUGGGUCCUCACUCUCCCUGCCAGACCGCGUGCUCACCUUCAUCAGAGACCACCCGCUCAUGGACAGGCCCGUGUUCCCAGUGGAUGGCCGCCCCCUGCUGGUCACUACUGAUACAGCCUACCUCAGGCUUGUGGCCCACAGGGUGACCGGCCUCUCAGGGAAGGAAUAUGAUGUGCUCUACCUGGGGACAGAGGACGGACAUGUCCACCGGGCUGUGCGCACUGGAGCUCAGCUCAGUGUCCUGGAGGAUCUGGCCUUGUUCCCAGAACCACAGCCGGUUAAGAGCAUGAAAUUGUACCAUGGUUGGCUCCUGGUGGGCUCCCACACUGAGGUGACACAAGUGAACACCAGCAACUGUGGCCGUCUCCAGAGCUGCUCGGAGUGUAUCCUGGCCCAGGACCCUGUGUGUGCCUGGAGCUUCCGGCUCGACGCCUGUGUGGCCCACGCCGGGGAGCACCGGGGGAUGGUCCAAGACAUAGAGUCAGCAGAUGUGUCUUCUUUGUGUCCGAAAGAACCUGGAGAACACCCGGUAGUGUUUGAAGUUCCGGUGGCCACUGCGGGCCAUGUGGUCCUGCCAUGUUCCCCUAGUUCGGCCUGGGCAUCCUGUGUGUGGCACCAGCCCAGUGGAGUGACCGCACUCACCCCCCGGAGGGAUGGGCUGGAGGUGGUGGUGACCCCCGGGGCCAUGGGGGCUUAUGCCUGUGAGUGUCAGGAGGGCGGGGCAGCCCGCGUGGUGGCUGCUUACAGCUUGGUGUGGGGCAGCCAGCGGGGACCCUCACACCGGACCCACACAGUGGUGGGGGCUGGGCUGGUUGGCUUUUUCCUGGGGGUUCUUGCAGCAUCCCUCACUCUCCUCCUGAUUGGUCGCCGCCAGCAGCGUCGGCGUCAGAGGGAACUUUUGGCUAGAGACAAGGUGGGCUUAGACCUGGGGGCUCCACCUUCUGGGACCACAAGCUACAGCCAAGACCCUCCCUCUCCUUCUCCUGAAGAUGAACGGCUGCCCCUGGCCCUGGGCAAGAGGGGCAGUGGUUUUGGUGGCUUCCCUCCACCCUUCCUGCUGGAUUCUUGCCCAAGCCCCGCCCACAUCCGGCUCACUGGGGCUCCUCUAGCCACGUGCGAUGAGACAUCCAUCUAGAGCCAGGAACAGGACUGCCAGCCCAUGAGCAAGCACUGGAACUAGCGGCUACCAUGCCUGGGUCACUGCACCCCGGAGGUGACAUGGCUGCUCAGUGCUCUGGAGCCUGUGUGAUCACUGGGUGUCAGUGUCUGUCCCUGGACCUGGAUGGGCUGAGGGGCAGCCUUUGCCUGGUUCUUGAUUCUCAUGAGAGAUCAGUCGUGUGACCCUUCUGCCUCCCCUCUUGGGCCCAUCAGCUUGUGGGAUGAAGCAAGGCCGUAGCUCUGACUUGCUCUAUGGCGGGCCCCGGACAGAAGGAAGCACCGCAGAGGCCGUCGGGGUGGCUGUCUGAUUUCCAGUUUGCUGACUCCGGGGAGCGCAUGAUCCCCUGACUGCCCUGAGAUCUCCUGCAUCUCAGUUUCCCUAUGUUCCUGGGAGAGUAUGUGUGCACACUGGUGUGCCUAGACCUGUUCCUGUGUGCAUGAAGGACAGGCCAGUGCCUAGGUGCUCUUGGGGGUAGGAGGGCAAAGCUGGAAUGGAGGACAUUGCCCAUACAACUUUACCCUCUGUAGCCCGUGAGGGAAACCACACACCCUCAUCACCCCACAGAGCUUCUUUAACUUUGAGCAAAGUCCCAAAGUGACCUUCUGGGUGGGAGGGCAGCAGGACAUGUGGCCCCAUCCUUCUCCUUGUCUUCACCCUCUGGCCACCACCACUGCCAUGCCACCGCUGUGCUUUCCUUGGCUCCCAUUUACAUGAACUUCGCAACAUUCUGAAUUUGGGCAGGGCAAAAGGAGCCCAGAAAGGUGUGUAGGGAAUACAAGCAAGUUAAAGGUAUACUUGCCUCAGUGACUUUCACCCUUGCCCUAAAACAGGAAUACCCUGGCUGGGGUCCACGGAUUUCCUGAAAUUGUAUGCAAAAUGUCUGUUUGUGUGUGUCUAUUUUGGGGUGUGUUGUGUGAUGGCUUUCAUCAGAUGUUCAAGGCCUUAAUGAGGUUAAAGGACCACAGCUCAUCGUUGCCAUGCUUGGGCCGAGUGGAGGAGGCACCACUCUGUGGCAGCUCCUCCGUGGCCUGCCGUCUGUGGCCGGUCCCUGGACUCGCUGCUGCCGAGACCCCAAGUCCCUCCAGUCCUUGGAAGCUAGGCUCUGCACGUGCUUGAAGACAGUCACCCUUCUUGCGUUGUAAUCCCCAUGUGCUCUGCUUCUGCUCAGUCCUGGCCUGUGAACGUGCCUCGUCCGUCCCUGGUGAGGGACCUCAAGCUUCAGUGAUGGCACAGCCCUUUCCAGUUGAAGUUUCUGCUCCACUUUCCUUGACAGCAGCCUGUGAACUCCUCAAGAGUCCCCUUGGGUUUGGAGUUAUCAGUGGCUUUGAGUGGGACCUUUGGCACGUAAUCUAACCUAGGGUUAUUGGUUUAUUCAUCUGUAAGGCGGGGAUAUACCUACCUCAGGGUUGCUGCAAGGAGCAAAUGAAGAAAUGUGUAAACAAUAAAGCAUUACCUAUAGAUGUUGUUAUGACUAUUGCUUUAGUACCCCAGCACAGCUAACCACAUGGCAACCAUGGCAGGCGCAGUCACUGAGAACCCCACGCAGUGGAAGGGCCAUCCUUUCACAGAUGUCUGGUCUUGGAUUAUCUCAGCGUGGGACGCAGCCACAUGUAUAGGCUUUAGUCUGUGCUUUAUUUUAUAAAACGUUAUGUGUCUAUGUGUGUUAGUGUAUGUGAGCGCAGGCACCUCAAGAGGCCGGAAGAGGGCAUUGGAUCCCUGGAGCUAAAACUAUAGGCAGUAGUGAAUUGCUUGAUGUAGGUGCUGGGAAGCGAACUCAGGCCUCCUGAAAGAGUAGCAGCUGCUUUAAUAGCUGAGACACCUCUCCAGCUCUCUAGUCUUAAACAUUUUGAGCAGGGUGGACAGACAAAGUUUUCUUCUGCUGCACUAGGAGCCACAACCAUCAUCUUUGCUUCUAUGUAAAAGGGAUAUCAAGAUGGAACUGGAUUUUACUUCAGAAUAAAGUAGAUUGAGCACACACACACACACACUCCAGCUAAGAAAGAGAUGCUGAAGUAAGGAUUUAUUUUUUGAGACAGGCUCUUGCUACCUAGCUCAGGCUGGUGUUGAACUCAUUUUGUAGCACAUUCUGGCCCAGAAUUUGUGAUUCUCCUGCCUCAGCUCCCCAAACUUUUGAGAUUACAGGUAUACACUGGCAUACCUGGCUUUAAGAAGUAAAAGGAGAAAUUCAUGGCUCGCUUAGGAGAGAAUUGACACCCUCAAGACCACAUGAAGGGCUUGAGGAGUCAAGCUUCCAGUCCCUGGAAUCUGUAUUAUAGGGAGUCUCCUCUGUCCUACUGUCUGUCACCUCUGCUUGUUCUGCCUGAUUUCUUUCUCUCCAGCUGUAAAUGCUCCCACACAGAAAACAUGGCUGUCAGUGAGGGAAGGCCCUUGCUGCUCCAGAACCCACAUAGGAGAGAACUGACUCAAGCUGUCCUCUGACCUCUACGCGCGUGCUUUGGCACAUGUGUGCAUGCAUGCACACGCACACAUGCCUAAAA